AUGCAUUUCUUAUGCCUUCAUGGCGCAGGGACGAACAGCGGGAUCUUUGAAGCGCAGACAGCCGCUCUACGUUAUGAGCUCGGAGGCGAUCAUACAUACGAUUUCGUUGAGGGAGUGAUGCAGCUGCCAAAGGCCUCAGCGAUCGACAAGGUUGUUACAGGUGACCUUGGCUAUUUUGGAUACUACAAACCCAAUGACUGCAACUCGUUCCACAAAGCCCUUGAUGAUCUGGAGCUUUUCAUCCAGAAGGAGGGUCCUUUUGAUGGUGUCAUUGGCUUUUCACAGGGAGCUUCUCUAGCUAGCGCACUUCUUUUGCGAAAUUGGAGCUCGGGUAGUGGUGAAUCGGAUGCUCAUGGGACUCCAACAGCGAAUGAACCACCCUUCAAGUGUGCUGUGUUCUUAUCUGGAUAUUCGCCAUACGAUUAUACAUGCAUACAUGUGCAGCAAAUGCAAGGAUCUACCAUAUCUAUUCCGACGGCGCAUAUCUGGGGCGUGAACGAGCGAGGUGACUCAGGAGGUCCACCAGCAUUGAAGCAGCUUUGUAAUCCUCAAAUUGUGUUCUUCCACGAGCAUGAGGGUGGCCAUGAGGUGCCAGGGGCAAGGAACAAACCAGAUUUGAUUGAAAGUGCCAAUAUUAUUAAACGCAUGCUAACAAGGCUGUAA